AUGCGGUCUAACGUCACAUCAGAGGCAAGCAUAGGUACGCACAUCCACCAGUGGUGGCUGGGCGUGCCUCUCAUAACAGCCUCAGUCUUCGCCAUCUGUGUGGCUGUGUUCGCGGUCGACCUACUGACUGGCUAUGACAGCUUUAGGGAGGUCUGCUUCUCGCCCUCCCUCGCCCUGCUGCACUGGCAAGUAUACCGCGCACUCACCUCCAUCUUCUUCCACAAGGGACUCCUCCACAUCGCACUCAACCUCUCCACACUCCUCCCUCUGGCGGCCCCUCUGGAGCGCCACCUGGGCUCACUGCGGCUGCUGCACGCGCUGCUGCUGCUCGCCUGCCUCAACUCCCUUAUCCACAGUGCCUUGGCGUUCAUGCCUAAAUUGCUGUUAGGGUGGUGGGGUUGGUGGGCUGGCGAGUGCUGCAUCGGCUUCUCCGGAGUGCUCUUUGCACUGAUCGUGCUGGACUUACAAGUCGGGGGGGGCAGAGACAGGAGCAUCUUUGGCUUCUUCACUGUGCCAACCGCAUGGUACCCUUGGGUCCUCCUUGUGCUGUUCCAACUGCUCCUCCCCUCCGCCUCUCUGCUUGGUCACCUAAGCGGCGUCCUCUCAGGGCUAGCAUAUGUUCGUGACGCCUUCGCUAUUGUCACACCUUCUUCAGCCACAUUCAGUUCUCUGGAGUCAUCGCGAGCCCUGGCUCCCAUGGUGCGCCGGCCAGGGUUCAUCGCGGGAGGACAUCCCAUCACUACUGCUGCCCUCACCAGCCUUGGGGAUCUUUCCUCCCUGCGGCCAGCGAGCAUCAGCCAAUCGCUGAACACCACGUUGCGAGCCAAGCAAGCACGCUGCAACAACCAGCAGCAGGCACUACAGCUGAUCCUAGGUUCCCUGGACGGGGCCGGACAUUGGCAGGCUCGGCAGCAGCAGCAGAGGCGCCACCUUUAG